AUGGAUCAGAUUACAAUAAAAGACUUAGAUUAAGGAUCUAUUCUUUAUGAAGUAUCAUCCUCUAAUAUAAAACUCAAUAAAUCAUAACAUUGGGAAAACUAUUGGCAACAACUAUUCGAAACUCAUAAAUUAUUAUGUACUGCUGCAUAAGAAAAUGAUAUUGAAUAGUUGCAAAUUCUAUUAUCACCAAAAUAUCAUUUACCAAUUGAUAUCAAUAUGAAAUUGGAAGAAUAGUGGUCUUGUCUUCAUUAUGCGGCUAUGGAAGGUCAUUUUGAAUCAUGUAGAUUAUUGUUGGAACAUUAAGCUAAACCAGACAUAACUAAUGUGUAAUAAAGGACUCCAUUACAUAUAGCAGCUCUUAAAGGAUAUUUAGAAAUUUGCAAAUUAUUAUUAUAAUAUGGAGCUUCUAUAAACUUAUUCGAUUAUUAAUACAAUUCUCCUUUGCAUCUUGCAUCUCAAUAUGGUAAUAAAGAAAUAAUAGAAUUAUUAUUGGAUAAUGGAGCUGAUUAUAAUGUUAGGAAUCAUUUUAAUUUCAAUGCUUAUGAUAUUGGUUUAGAUUAACAGACUUUAGAAAUAUUUGAAAAAAGAGGACUUUAUUAAGAUUAUUAGAAAAAGUCAUUUAGAGGAAUGCAUAAUAGAAAUGAUCAUAUUAAAAAUCUAUUAAAAUUAUCAGAUCGACAAAGUACAUAAGCAAGUUAAGUUAAAGUUAGUAGAGUUGAAAUUCAAUAAGUUGGUCCCUAAGAUUUUUCAGUAUUAAGUUAAUUGGGUAAAGGAUCUUUUGGAUAAGUAUAUUUAGUUUAAAAGAAAGGGAAUACUAAUUAUUACGCAAUGAAAAUAUUAUUCAAAAAAAAAUUAUAAGCAGCUGGUAUAGUUAGAUAUAUUUAAACUGAGAGAAAAAUAUUAACUUAUGUUACAUCUCCAUUUAUAGUUAAAUUACAUCAUGCAUUUUAAACAGAAAAUAAACUUUAUAUGAUUUUAGAUUAUUGUCCAGGAGGAGAUUUAGAAUAAUUAAUGAAUGAAAGAGGAAAAUUACCUGAAAAAGCAGCUAAGGCUUAUGCAUGUGAAAUAUUAUUAGCUUUAGAAACAUUACAUUAAAAUUGUAUUGUUUAUAGAGAUUUAAAGCCUUCAAAUGUUGUUAUUGAUAAAGAUGGUCAUGCAUUGUUAACAGACUUUGGAUUAUCAAAAGAAUUAAAUGCUUAAAGAACUACAAGUUUUUGUGGAAGUUAUGCUUAUUUAGCACCAGAAAUGUUAGAUAAAAGUGGUCAUGGAUAUCCAUUAGAUUGGUAUUUAUUUGGAGUUUUUAUAUAUGAAUUGGUUCAUGGUAAACCACCAUUUUAUGAGAGAGAUAGAAAUACUAUGUAUAAAAAUAUCAAGACAAGUGAACCACCAAGACCAGAUAAUAUAAGUGAUGAUUUAUGGGAUCUCUUAAAAAGAUUAUUAGAGAAGAAUUAAUCAAAAAGAUUAGGAUCAAAAGGAGAUGCAGAAGAACUCAAAAAUCAUUCUUGGUUUAAAAAUGUGAAUUGGUAAUAAGUAAUUUAGAGAAAGUAACCAGUACCUAAAGCUAGUUUGAGAACUGAAAAUUGUGAUUUAGAUUUGAAAUUGACAUUCUCAGAAAAUGCUUAACAUCCUGAAAGACAUAAUUUUAUACAUGAUUGGGAUUAUUGA